AGGCAUGUGUCGCUCCCCAAGGCCAUCGCACGGCAUGCUCCGAACGAGCUGAUGACCGAGGAUGAGUGGAGGGCCCUUGGUGUCAAGCAGUCGCAAGGAUGGGAACACUACAUGAUUCACAGUCCAGAGCCACAUGUCCUGCUGUUUAAACGCGAGAAAGAUUACCAGGCCAAGUAA